AUCGACCGCUUAAUCAAAAGCAAAGAACGGGACUCAGGUGGGCGGGAGGAAGUCUUGCUCCGAGUCUCGGUCAGUGUGAGGUGAAGAUGGCGGUGCUUGCUCCCUUGUUAGCCUUGUUCUAUUCGGUGCCUGGACUUUGCCGCUGGCUGGCGCAGCCUUAUUAUCCGCUUUCCCUCCUACUCUCGGCAGCCUUCUUGCUGGUGCGGAAGGUGCCACCGUUAUGCCACGGUCUGCCUAGCCAGCGAGAGGACGGGAACUCCUGCGACUUCGACUGGCGGGAAGUGGAGAUCUUGAUGUUUCUGAGUGCCAUUGUGAUGAUGAAGAAUCGCCGAUCCAUUACUGUGGACCAGCAUGUGGGGAAUAUCUUUAUGUUCAGCAAAGUGGCCAAUGUCAUCCUUUUCUUUCGUCUUGAUAUCCGGAUGGGACUACUGUAUCUCACACUCUGCUUAGUGUUCCUCAUGACUUGCAAGCCACCUUUGUACCUGGGUCCUGAACACAUCAAAUAUUUCAGUGAUAAAACCAUAGAUGAGGAACUAGCACGAGACAAGCGAGUGACCUGGAUUGUGGAAUUCUUUGCUAACUGGUCCAAUGAGUGUCAGUCAUUUGCUCCUAUCUAUGCUGAUUUGUCUCUCAAAUAUAAUUGCACUGGAUUGAACUUUGGAAAGGUUGAUGUGGGACGCUAUCCUGACGUCAGCACCAAGUACAAAAUCAGCACCUCUCCUCUCACUAAGCAGCUGCCUACCCUGAUCCUUUUCCAAGGUGGUAAAGAGGUGAUGCGCCGGCCACAGAUUGAUAAGAAGGGACGAGCAGUUUCAUGGAACUUUUCUGAGGAGAAUGUGAUCCGGGAAUUCAAUUUGAAUGAGCUGUACCAGAAAGCCAAGAAAAUAUCCAAGCAUACAGAUGAGAACUUUGAGGAAUUUUCAGAACAGUCUGCUGUCACAGAGCUUCCUAAUGGAGAGAGCAAGAAAGACAAAUAGCGCCUGUAAGACUGGACCAUUAUGCCCUUUCUGUUAAGCUCUCCAUUUCUCUCUGUUUCCAUCCUGACAUUUCUCCUGGGACAUCAUCCAAAGACUGCUUCCACCCAACAAUGAUGGUGCUGGGAGAUGAGUAUAAUUACUAAAGCAUUUAUCAUCCUGGGCUCUGCUGUUGGCCACUGGACCUGUACAUUUUCUUUUGUGUUUCUGUUCCAGAUUCUCCUUCCAGGAGUCACUACUGACAUUUAAUACAUUAGAACCAGCCAGAGAAAAUCUUGGUGACCUCCUUAAGGAGAGUAUCACCCAUAAAACUCUGAGAUAUUAGGUGCAGGUUACUUUUCUGGGAAUGAAUAGGAAAAGCACUGCAAUGGAGAGGUUAAUCUAUUUCUUGUUUUAUCAAUAUGAUUUCAGUGGCAAAAUUGGACAAACCCACAUCUUGCAUGAAAUCAGCUCCCUUCACUCCUGAAAGUUCACUCUGAGACGAUAUUAAUAUUACUGACCAGUUUCUGCUACUGCUACCACUACCCAUUGCCCUAUUAUUAUUGUGGUCAUUGUUAUUGUUAUUAAGAAAGGUCUUGUGGUUUCUUGUGGUCUCUUUUUUAGAAGCUAAUGGGCAAUAGUAGAAUAUUUGCUGAACCUGAAACUGUGCCAGAGAACCAGUGGCUACUAUGCAGCCCUAAAAGAUCUCCAGUCUUUGAUAGUAACAGCUGGUAGCUUAGUGUAACUGUCUGACUUGGAGGAAAUGCUGUUUCUAUCAUCCAUCUAAUACUGCACAAAAUAGGAUUUAACUAAUGUGGCAGAUGUUCUGGGACUACAUUGGCAGAAAUUCCUAGCCAGUAUGGCUAUCUGGAUAGAGCAAGGGUUGGGCAAGUCUGUCCUAGAGUUUUUAGUUGCUGUACUCCUAAUAUGGAGGGCUUGCCUGUAGGUGGAAAUGCUGCAAAUUACCACGGUUCAACUGUGUUCAUGCUUCUGUUAAUUGUCUUGUACAGGUGCCUUUAAUAAAUCUGGGAGUGUUGUA